UAUACACACUAACACCCCAUCUUCCAUAUUCACCAAAAAAAAAACACCCCAUCUUCCAUAUAUUUUCGGUCUCUGUUUUCAUCUAAAGAGGAUCACCUCUGGUUCCUCUUGUUCUUCUUCUUAUUCUUCACCAAAAGAAUUGAUAUAUAAAAGAAAAAAAAGAUUUAAUUAUUAUUUUUUUUGUCUGAUUAGAUCAAAAUUAAGUUGUCCCAAAAUCCCAUUGCUCUGUAAUUGGGCAACAGGGCAUUGGGCAACUUGAACUGAUAAUCGAUCGUUACUGUUAUAUAUUGAUUCUUGUUGUAACUCAGAGGCCGCCAGGUCAUGGAAGCAGCAGCAUCCGCAUCUUGGGGUACAAGCAGCAGCACAAGCGCUUCUUCAAAAUCAUGCAAGCGCAGCUUGAGCAAGAAGUUGUCGUCGUCGUCGUUCAGUCUGAGGUGUCCGAGCCUGAACACGCUUCGUCUGCGUCGCAUAUUCGAUCUAUUCGACAAGAACAGAGACGGCACCAUCACAGGGCAGGAGCUGGGGCAAGCGUUGAACCUGCUGGGAUUGGAUGUGGAUAUGGCGGAGCUGGAGUCCACCAUUAACUCCUUUGUAAGACCCGGAAAUGAGGGACUAAUGUUCGAGGACUUCAAGGCCUUACACCAGUCGUUGAACGACACCUACUUCGGAGGCGACAUGGACGUGGAGCAAGAAGAAGAGGAGGCCGAUCAGGAGGAGGAAGAGGAGGAGAUGUCACAGGAGGAUUCGGACCUGACGGAGGCGUUCAAGGUAUUCGACGAAGAUGGAGAUGGAUACAUAUCGGCACAUGAAUUGCAAGUGGUGUUGGGAAAGCUUGGAUUUGCGGAGGGUAAUGAGAUUGACAGAGUGGAGAAGAUGAUAACAUCCGUGGAUCGGAACCAGGAUGGACGUGUUGAUUUCUUUGAGUUCAAGGACAUGAUGCGGAGUGUCCUGGUUCGGAGCGCUUGAUUUCAUUCUCUCUUUUUUUUCUUCUUUUUUUAUUUGGAUGUUAGAAUUUGAGAAUAUUAUUCUAGGCAAGUAUACAUUGGCAAAUGGAAUUUGCUCAUGUUCCAUUGUUGGUUUUCCCUUUCAUCCACUGACCUCCACCUUGUUUACUUUUCUUCUGUUAGUUUGUUUUUAUUUUUAUAUGUAUAUGUCCCUCUGUGGUAUUAAUUACCACCAUUUUCAUUUC